AAUACCACAGGGGUUGUGUUGGGGGCCACGGUGCAUGCAGGUUGGGGGCUCUAAGGUUGGGUGGGGGAAGGAGUCCAAGGAAACAGAGUGUGCCUUUGUGAGGGUGUGUGUGCCGCUGAGUCUGUGCGGUGGGUGUGGGUGUUUGUCUCCCUGUAUCCGCCUUCUUGGACUUUUAGUCCUCCUGGGCUUUUCUUCCUCAUGUCCUACCCCCUCCUUCUCGUGGCUCGAAUUGGGGACCCUGGUGGAGUAGAGGGUCACACUCCAGGACCCAGUCCAACCCCAGACGCUGCCUGAGGCUUCCCUGCAGCUCCGCUCCCCUCCUUUCCUCCCUCCCUCUCUCCCUUCCUCCCUCCACCCCCCCCCCAGGCUGGCGUGCCAGGGGGUGGGACAUGCCAAUCACUGGCUGUGCCUCUCCGGCUGCCAGCACAGGGCGCAGCUCCCCCUGGGAGCCAGGUGUUUGGGUCCCUGGAGACGCUGCCGGCCCCCAGGGAGGCAGAGGGGUUGAGGACCCUACAGACCCCUCCAGCCCCAUGGGAAUCCUGAAUCCCACCAUCCCCAUCCACCUUCAGCCUCCCAAGAUGAACUGAACCAGGCUGCUGGCCAGAUGGACAAGCCGGAUGCCAAGGUGGAGAGACUGAGGCUGAGAAAGGGGAAGGGACACGCUCGUGAUCACAGAAGACAUACUUAGGAGUCCAGUGGGGGAUUGGACCCGAUUUUCCUCGCCGUCGGCAUCGCGCUACCCUCCCACUUGCCUGAACAGGAUGACGGGUGGGGAGCGGCAAGCUCUAUGAGGCAGAAGCUUGGGCUCUGACUGGCGGAGAGAGGUGAUGACCUCCCCCUGAGGAAGCCCUGUCGUGUGACUAGAGGAAGGGGCUGCCCCCCGAGCCCCACCUGGCCACCAUGAAUACCUCAGCCCCACCCGCCGUCAGCCCCAACAUCACCGUCCUGGCACCAGGAAAAGGUCCCUGGCAAGUGGCCUUCAUUGGGAUCACCACGGGCCUCCUGUCACUGGCCACAGUGACAGGCAACUUGCUGGUACUCAUCUCCUUCAAGGUCAACACGGAGCUCAAGACAGUCAACAACUACUUCCUCCUCAGCCUGGCCUGCGCCGACCUCAUCAUCGGCACCUUCUCCAUGAACCUCUACACCACCUACCUGCUCAUGGGCCACUGGGCUCUGGGCACGCUGGCCUGCGACCUCUGGCUGGCCCUGGACUACGUGGCCAGCAACGCCUCCGUCAUGAAUCUGCUGCUUAUCAGCUUUGACCGCUACUUCUCCGUGACCCGGCCCCUGAGCUACCGCGCUAAGCGCACACCCCGCCGGGCAGCCCUGAUGAUCGGCCUGGCCUGGCUGGUUUCCUUCGUCCUCUGGGCCCCAGCCAUCCUGUUCUGGCAGUACCUGGUCGGGGAGCGGACGGUGCUGGCUGGGCAGUGCUACAUUCAGUUCCUCUCGCAGCCCAUCAUCACCUUCGGCACAGCCAUGGCCGCCUUCUACCUCCCUGUCACAGUCAUGUGCACACUCUACUGGCGCAUCUACCGGGAAACGGAGAACCGGGCCCGGGAGCUGGCGGCCCUGCAGGGUUCUGAGACACCAGGUAAGGGAGGUGGCAGCAGCAGCAGCUCAGAGCGGUCCCAGCCGGGCGCUGAGGGCUCAGCGGACACCCCUCCAGGGCGCUGCUGUCGCUGCUGCCGGGCCCCCAGGCUGCUACAGGCCUACAGCUGGAAGGAGGAAGAGGAGGAGGAUGAAGGCUCCAUGGAGUCCCUCACGUCGUCAGAGGGUGAGGAGCCUGGCUCCGAGGUGGUGAUCAAAAUGCCCAUGGUGGACCCGGAAGCACAGGCCCCCACCAAGCAGCCCCCCAGGAGCUCCCCGAAUACAGUCAAGAGGCCAACCAGGAAGGGGCGCGAGCGAGCGGGCAAAGGCCAGAAGCCCCGAGGGAAGGAGCAGCUGGCCAAGCGGAAGACCUUCUCACUGGUCAAGGAGAAGAAGGCGGCUCGGACACUGAGCGCCAUCCUGCUGGCCUUCAUCCUCACCUGGACACCGUACAACAUCAUGGUGCUGGUGUCCACUUUCUGCAAGGACUGUGUUCCCGAGACCCUGUGGGAGCUGGGCUACUGGCUGUGCUACGUCAACAGCACCGUCAACCCCAUGUGCUACGCACUCUGCAACAAGGCCUUCCGGGACACCUUCCGCCUGCUGCUGCUCUGCCGCUGGGACAAGCGCCGCUGGCGCAAAAUCCCCAAGCGCCCUGGCUCCGUGCACCGCACCCCCUCCCGCCAGUGCUGAUGGGCCCCUCGCUGCAUCCCCCCACCCCAGUCCCUGGGAGAGCCGGGUAGAAGGCGAGCGGGCAGGGGCUGUGACUGCAGACUCAGGGCCCUGCUCAGUCCCCGCCAGGCAUCCCAGCCCCGAGGUCACCUUCCUGGACAGCCCAGAGAGACCCUGCCAACUUUCCAAGCUUUGCUGUUCCCAGGCAGGAUGAGAACCCGGGGAACAGGUUUUUCUGUUCCCUGCUAGGUGGGAAUGGGCUCUUCACCAGGAAGAAGGCCUGGGAGGAGGAUCUGGCCUUUGGAUUCCUUGUUUGCGUUUAGGCAGGAAGUCUGUCCAGAGCCAGCUGGGCGGGCCAGGAGAAAGGUUUGCCAUUACAGUCAUCCUUGGUCCAGUGGCUGGUCUGGAUUGGCGGUGGGAGAUGACAACCCCUGGGGACACAGCAGGGAACUGACACAAACCACUGAGAGAAGCUUGGCUCAAAGGGAGCAGCCCCUGGCUGGGGAUCCCCUCCAUCCACAGGCACAGCCCUCUCUGUUGGGCCCUAGACACACUCUCCAGGAUUGUCCAGCCUCCCUACCAAUGUCCCCAGAGCAUCCCUUUUUUGGGUCACCCCCACGGCAAAUGUCCAAGCAUCAGCAGGUCAAUGACACCAGAGGGGAUCGGCUUGGCUAGUCACACAGGAAGUCCAGAGGCAGCAGGAGGACCCGGCGCCAGGUGUCCUGUCUGUCCCACUCUGUCAUUUCCCUGGGAGUGAGGGGCAGGGGAACCUGCUGUCCAGCCUCACACCUGUAACCCCUGCCCCAGAGAAGUCCUCCGUCCCUCCCUCCCUAGUCCACAGCCAUCACCUGGAUACAUCUGCUCCAUGCAGAUCACUCCAGGCCCCCUGCAUGCUGCCUGCCUCUGGUUGCCCCACACAGGCCUGGCCCAGCCAACAGGCUCUCUUCUGUGAACUCCCCAGUCCCACCAUGCAUGGCCUCCCAGCUACCCUUAUCUCCAGGCCCAGCCUGGCCCCAAGUGUUCUUUCCUUCCAUCCUCAGCAAGUGCUGAGUCUGUAAAUAAAGCCACAUAAC